AUGGCUACCGACAUUCAAUUCAUCGCCAAUCUCAAUGGAGAUUGCAGAUUGUGCACGGAGAAGAACUCCAAGGAUAAUAUGAUUCAAUGUGAUGAUUGUGACAGGUGGUUCCACAAUGUAUGUGCGAAAGUCACAGUCAUUCCGGCAGCUAAUGAAAGAUGGGCCUGCAUUAAAUGUAGAUUAAUCGAGGAGAACCUUAUGGAGCUCGACCAACUUCGACUGGACUCAAGGGUACCGAAACAAGAAUCUGGUUCAAGUAACCAGUUUCGGUCAGAUGAUAAUUGGAUCAUCUAUUUAAAAAGGCAGUCACUAAUGACAUUGCCGAAAUUUAGCGGUUCGGCCAAGGAAUGGCCGAAAUUCAAACAAAUAUACGACAGCACCACAGAAGCUGGAGCUUUCACGAAUUUGGAGAAUUUAACUCGUCUUCAAAAUGUAUUGGAAGGAUACGCAGCAAGAUGCGUACAACAAUUGAUGCUCAAUUCCGAGAAUGUACCAAAGAUUAUAGAACGUCUAGAAGACAACUUUGGUAGGCCGGAAUUUGUUUACAAAGAGCUACUUUCGGAUAUAUUCCGAGUAAAGAAGGAAAGUAGAACAGCUAUCAUAGAGCUGGCGGAUGCUCUUGAAAAUUUGGUAGCGAACAUAGAGGUGAUACAAAAAGAGGCGUACCUACAAGAUCAUAGGUUGAUCGCCGAUAUUGUCAUGAAACUGCCAUAUGCAGUACAGCUGAAGUGGACAGAAACACUUCAAUCUAAUACCAGGACCCCUACGCUAAGGGACCUAAGUAAAUGGCUGAAGCCACAUGCCGCAACAACCAGGAUGAUGAAUGCAAAUUUUCAUCCGAAUGAAAAAAGAUCUCGGGUAAAUGUACACGAGAAAAUUAACCCAGAAUGUAGCUUCUGCAAAGAAACCCAUUCAUUGCCGAACUGUGGAAAGUUCAAGAGACUUGAUGUUUCGGAAAGGAUCCAGUUCGUGUAUAAGCAGCACAUGUGUCUUAGCUGUCUUAAAUCUUCUGGACAUAUACUGCGAAAUUGCAAACAACAGAAGAGAUGCGGUAUAAAUGGGUGUAAUAGAACUCAUCAUCCUCUGAUUCACGACGAUAAUAUGAGACAGAAUCAGAAAGCAGAGCAACCGAGAAAGGUAGAAUCCUCCAACCACCAUAUGGAUUCGAAAUCAAAUAUCUAUUAUCAAGUAAUACCAGUUACGCUGAAAAAUGGCGAACAAAGCUUGGAUACAUUUGCGUUUUUGGACGCAGGAUCUUCAUUGACGCUAAUAGAUGAGCAAGUUGCAGAUAAACUUCAGCUCAAAGGCAUGAUCGAUCCGUUGAGGCUAAAAUGGACUCAAAAUGUGUCUAGAGACGAACAUAAUAGUAGGCGCGUCCAUUUGUGGAUAAAUGGAGAAGGAAAAAAAUCCUACGCCUUGAAAGGAGUUAGGACAGUUAAGAAUCUACAACUUCCUACUCAAUCAUUAGAUACCGAGUUGAUAAAAAAUCGGUAUAAACAUUUAAGAAAUUUGCCUGUAAAGAGGUAUAGCGAUGUUCAGCCGAAAAUACUGAUUGGGCUAAAUCACACCCACCUAAUAAAUCCCGUCGAUAGACGCAUCGGGAAGGAAGGUGAGCCAACAGGUAUUAAAACCAAAUUAGGAUGGCUAAUUUACGGUAACAUCAGUGGAACCGUAGAAUGCGGACAGAUUAUGAUUCAUAGGGAGGACAACGAUUUGCAUCGUAUGAUGCAUGAUUACUUCACCACAGAAAAUUUUGGCGUGAAAACAGUUGCUAAGCUACCAGAAUCUAAAUCAGACGAGCGUGCUAAACAGAUAAUCAAAAGCACGAUGAAAUAUGUAAACGGACGUUUCGAAAUCGGGCUGUUGUGGAAAGACGAUCAAUUCCAGUUCCCGGAUAGCUACAACAACGCUAUGAAUAGAUUGAGAACAAUGGAAAAGGGUUUAAAUAAAAACAUCGAAUUAAAGAAAUGGGUAAUCCAGACGUUUAAUGAUUACGAGGAGAAAGGAUAUAUAAGGAAAUUAACAUCAGACGAACUGAAGGAACCAGAAGCAAGAACAUAUUAUUUACCUCAUUUCAUUGUUCAAGGAAAAUAUAAACCAAAACCGAGAUUAGUAUUCGAUGCUGCAGCUAAGGUAAAAGAUAUAUCGUUCAAUGCUGCGUUGUUAUCAGGUCCCGAUUCGACUACAUCAUUGUUCGGGGUACUUAUUCGAUUCAGAGAAGGCUCAAUCGCCAUAUCCGGGGACAUAAAGGAAAUGUUCCACCAGGUGAAAAUUAGGAAAGAGGAUCAACAUGCUCAACGAUUCUUAUGGAGAAGUUGUAAUUCUGAUGCAGACCCCGACAUAUAUGUGAUGCAAGUGAUGACGUUUGGUUCCACUUGCUCGCCUGCGUGUGCUCAAGCAGUAAAAAAUUAUAAUGCCGAGCUAUUCGCUGAAAAAUACCCGGAGGCUUCAAAGGCGAUAGUGAAACAGCACUACGUGGAUGACUAUUUGGAUAGUUUUGAUAAUGACGAGGAAGCUAUUCAAAGAACAAAGCAAGUAAUCGAAAUACAUGACAACGCUAGCUUCUACAUUCGAGGAUUCGUUUCUAACUCUACAAUUUGCACUAACGCCAUUCCAGAGGAACGACGCCUUCACAGUGGUGUCAAGAUACUCGAGGGAAAAAACAAUGAGUACGAGAAGGUGCUCGGCGUUUAUUGGAAUCCUCAACUGCACACUCCGAACACAGCCAUCCCAUCGCUAGACGCACACUCCAUUCGGAGUCGUUCGAUGCAAAGCAAGGCGGAAGGUUCCGCGGAAAACGACAAAUCGACGGUGGCGGUCGGCACAACAACGUCCGGGGAAAUACUCAGCGCGAAACGGCAAUUCAUAACUGUCAACCGUUUAUCAUUGUGGAAGGGAAACUAA